GCGGGGCCCAUGACGGCGGCGGCGGCCGUGCUGAAGGAGGGCGUGCUGGAGAAGCGCAGCGGGGGCCUCCUGCAGCUGUGGAAGCGGAAGCGCUGCGUGCUCACCGAGCGCGGGCUGCAGCUCUUCGAGCCCAAGGGCGCGGGCGGCCGGCCCAAGGAGCUCAGCUUCGCGCGCAUCAGGGCCGUGGAGUGCGUGGAGAGCACGGGGCGCCACAUCUACUUCACGCUGGUCACCGAGGGCGGCGGGGAGAUCGACUUCCGCUGCCCCCUGGAAGACCCCGGCUGGAACGCCCAGAUCACCCUGGGCCUGGUCAAGUUCAAGAACCAGCAGGCCAUCCAGACAGUGCGGGCCCGGCAGAGCCUGGGGGCCGGAACCCUCGUGUCCUAAAGCGCCCGGCACAACUUCGCACCUCCCCCGAUUUCCUCCGACUGGAUGCCCAGGGUCACAGCGGCUUCCUGGCCCCGAGGCAUGUGGGGGCAGGACUGAGCUCCACCUGUCUCGGUCACGUGCAGGAGGCGCGGAGCUGAAGGGUCAGGCGGCCGGGGAGGAGGGCAGAAGGCUACUCAGGGAUGAGGAUGAAGAUUCAGCCCCUGGACAGUCUCCAGCUCUCAGGACAUCACCAGCCCAGGGCCUUCUAGCCACGGGCCUGACUCAUGGACCACGCUGGAGACCUGGCAUCGGAGCCCCCCGCUCCCGGCCUGCCAUCUGUUCUGCAGACUGCUGUUUGUCUGGCUGGGUGCCGUGCCUGGAGGAGGGCAGGGCCCCGUAGGGUGCUCAGCCUCGGGACACAGGAGGCCGGCCUGGCCCUCAGGGGCACUGCCUCUGGACUGACCUUUGGUGGGGGGAGCUGAUGGGUGUGAGGCCCACACUUGGGGGUCUCCUGCUGCUUAGGUCCCUCUGGGACCCCCACCCCUCCAGGCCUUCCCUUUGUACACUUCUCCCCCCCCCUCCUGUCCUGCCCCGCGUGGUGCUAGGCCUGGAGGUGGUGGGGGUGGGGGUUUGGCCUUUACCAUUUCAUGCCCGUCCCAAAUGAAGACGCCCUGCCAAGGGCAGUGACCACAUUGUUUGCUGAGUGAAAUUCUUUGUCCUCCAAGACCCAGUGCUGGGCACCCCUGUCCGCACCCUCACUU